ACAGUGCUCUGAGGAUGAUCUGAAGCAGACCUUUGCCAAGUUUGGGACAGUUCUGGAGGCUAACAUCCCCCUUAAAUAAGAUGGAAAGAUGCGGGGCUUUGCGUUUGUCCAGUUUAAGAACGUCUUGAAGGCAGGAAAGGCCUUGAAAGCAAUAAACCUAAAGGAGGUCAAAGGAAGGCAGGUAGCUGUUGAUUGGGCUGUGGCUAAAGACAAGUUUGUCGCUACUCAGCCAGGAGCUAAGAAAGAGGAAAAGGUCACAGCAGAGAAACCGGCACCUGAAAGUGACUCUGAAGAGGAGGAAGAAGUAGAAGAGAACAAAGUCAUCUCUAAGUCAGCUCAGCAUCCAGACACCCCGUCAGAGGAGGAGGGUGUUGAGAAGAAUGACGAUGCAGAGUCUCAGGGGGCAGAUGAUGAUGAAAAAAGUGAUCUUGGGUCUGAUGAAGACAACGAUGAAGAUGAUGACUGUGAGGAUUCUGCCAACAGAAAGCCCCUACCAUCAGACGUCAAUGAGGGCAAAACCAUCUUUAUCAGGAACCUGUCGUUUGAUACGGAGGAGGAGGGCUUGGAGGAGGUGUUACUGCAGUAUGGAGAACUGAAGUACAUCAAGAUCUGCCUACACCCAGACACUGAACACUCUAAAGGUAUUGCCUUUGCUCAGUUCAAGUCUAAAGAAGCAGCAGAGAAAUGCAUUGCUGCUGCGGAGGAUGAGUCAGAGAGCGAGGGUAUCCGUGUGGAUGGUAGAAAGCUGAACAUCGUAGCAGCGGUAAGCAGAGAGGAUGCCGUCAAACUGAAGGACAAGAGGUCAAAACACAUACAGGGACCAGGAACCUCUACCUGGCUACAUUUACAUUUACAUUUAAGUCAUUUAGGAGACGCUCUUAUCCAGAGCGACUUACAAAUUGGUGCAUUCACCUUAUAAUAUCCAGUGGAACAACCACUUUACAAAA